GCCUGUUGAUCGGGUGAAUAGAAUAGAAGAUCCGGGUCUAAAAACUUGCACUAAUGAUGAAAAAAAGUAACAUCAAACAGUAAUGGGCAAUGAGGGAAAACCCAAAAGCUUGUUUUUGAACCGAGAAAUCACGGGACACCCCUGAAGUUUCUGCUUUGAAUUCAUCUUUCUACUGCCACACGACCUAACCUCUUCCUGAUCCUCCUAUUAGAUAGAGCCGUGAAAGUUUUACAAACCUCUUCUUUUUCAUCGGAAAAUGUACAUUUCCUUGAAUUUGCUCUUCAUUUCAUUACAAUUCUUGAAGCCAUGAACCUCCUUAACAGCAACCUGACGGUCUGCCAAGCUUACUGAGUCGCUUAUGGUGUGUUUUUGUUUUAGAUUCAUGAAACCCGAUUUCUCUUUUUCAUUUUUCUGCAGAACCCAUGUUUCUGAAUCAGUUCAUGCACUUUCUAAAAUCAAUUCACACAUUCAGAAGGAAAACCAGUAACAGUAAUUUGUGUUAAGAUACAGAGAAAACUAAAGUAAGAGCUACAAUGGCGAGCUCAUGUUUCCAUGCAUUUCGGCUUAGAAAAUCCAAGAGCAAACCUCCUUCAGUGCCUUCAUCGUCAAAAUCCCAGUUGAAUUCUGACAUGGAGAACCUGGAGAAGAAGAGAUUCGAUAGCCUGGACUCAUGGUCAAUGAUUUUGGACUCUGAGAACGUGGAGACUUGGGAGGUCUCAAAGGAGGAUCAAGAAGAAUGGACGGCUGAUCUUUCACAGUUGUUCAUUGGUAACAAGUUUGCGUCUGGUGCUCAUAGUAGGAUUUAUCGUGGAAUUUAUAAGCAAAGAGCUGUUGCCGUAAAAAUGGUGAGAGUUCCAAAUCAGGAGGAGGAGACUAGAACCAGACUUGAGCAACAGUUUAGGUCUGAAGUUGCCUUGCUUUCACGUCUCUUUCAUCCCAAUAUAGUUCAGUUUAUUGCAGCUUGUAAAAAGCCUCCUGUGUACUGUAUCAUCACUGAGUACAUGUCACAGGGGACUCUAAGGAUGUAUCUGAACAAGAAAGAGCCAUACUCGCUUUCAACAGAAACAAUUCUGAGGUUAGCUCUUGACAUAUCCAGGGGAAUGGAGUAUCUUCAUUCACAAGGGGUGAUCCACAGAGACCUGAAAUCAAAUAAUCUGCUUUUAAACGAUGAAAUGCGGGUAAAGGUAGCUGAUUUCGGUACAUCUUGUCUCGAGACACAGUGCCUCGAAACCAAAGGAAACAUGGGAACUUAUCGCUGGACGGCUCCGGAGAUGAUUAAAGAAAAGCCUUACACUCGAAAAGUGGAUGUUUACAGCUUCGGAAUUGUCCUCUGGGAGCUCACUACAGCUUUACUUCCAUUCCAAGGAAUGACCCCUGUGCAGGCAGCAUUUGCCGUGGCUGACAAGAACGAGAGGCCUCCACUGCCGGCGAGCUGUCAGCCUGCACUGGCGCAUCUGAUAAAGCGUUGCUGGGCGGCGAAUCCUGCAAAGCGACCGGAUUUCAGUGACAUAGUUUCAGCUCUGGAGAAAUAUGAUGAGCGUGUGAAAGAGGGUCUGCCUCUAACUUCACAUUCAGGACUUGUGAGCCGUAAUGUGAUUCUUGAACGCUUGAAAGGCUGUGUAACUAUGAGCUCCUCCAUACCUGUACAUGCCUGAUUAUAUUUUAAUUAGAAAGAGAAGAAGAAGGUGGUAUUUGCCAUUGUUGGCAGAUUAUUCAACUGCUUCACAACAAUAAUCUGUACAUUAUCUAAUCAAUGUAUCUCUUAUUUGUGGAA